AUGGGUAAUAAACCCAGUACGAAUAAAAGGCACAUCACCGGGACUUCGGAGGAUCUUUCAGACGCGCAAUCGCGAUCCCCGGGAAGCUCAACUCAGGACGACGUGGACGCUGCGGAGAAGGCAUAUGCUGCUUACGAGCAGACGUGGGACGUGGACCAGUUGAAAACCGCCAUAACGCUAUAUCAACAAGCGGUGAACGAAGCGCCCGAACCAGAUGCGUAUCUGCUAGGCGAGCUGGGGCGCUGUCUAGGUCUAUAUCACAGGGCUCGAGGAAACCUUGACGACCUCCAGCGGGCCAUCGCGGCAGAGCAAAGCGCCCUACAACUCGUUCCAGACGGACACCCUGACAGGUCUUUGCGUCUGAACAAUCUUAGCGUGUCAUUGCGAAGACGCUAUGGAUCCCUUGGCGCGACCAAAGACCUCGCAAGCGCUAUUGAAAUGCAACUACGUUCAGUCGAGCUUACUCCGGAUGACGAUCCCGACCUGUCAACGUGUCUCGACAACCUGGGGUACUUGCAGAAUCUUCGUUUCCAACGUUUUGGAGCGCUCGAAGACUUGGAGAGCUCCAUUUCGCAUCGACAGCGUGCAAACGAGCUGACCUCUGAUGUUCAUCCCGGCAAAGCUACACGGCUGAACAACCUCGCACAGUCCUUGCACCGUCGCUUCGAGCGUCUCGACGACCCCGCCGAUCUCGAGCGGGCUAUCACAACGCAACACCGCGCAGUCAAACUUACUCCGAACGGCCAUCCCAACUUGCCAAUUCGGCUCGAUAACCUCGGCUCUUUGCAGUGGCUGCGGUUCAAACGUUUCGGAGAGCUCGAAGAUAUCGAGAGUGCCAUUUCGAAUCAACAGAGUGCAAACGAGCUGACUGCAGAUGAUCAUACCGACAAAGCUAAACGACUGCACAACCUCGCAUUGUCCUUGUGCAGUCGGUUCGAGCGUCUCGAUGACCCCGCUGACCUCGAGCGGGCUAUCACGAUGCAACGCCGGGCAGUGAAGCUUACCCCAAACGACCAUCCCGGCCUGGCAAAUCGGCUCGAUAACCUCGGCUCUUUGCAGUGGCUGCGUUCCAGACGCUUCGGUGAGCCCGAAGAUAUCGAGAGCGCCAUCUCGAAUCACCAGCGUGCAAACGAGCUGACUCCGGAUGAUCAUCCCAGCAAAGCUACACUGCUGCACAAUGUGGCGAUGUCUCUGGUGGCCUACUUUCGGCAAGACCAGACGAUGGAACAUUUUACAGAAGCUCUGGCAUAUUACAUGGCUGCUGCCUCCCAGACGCUAGACCCGCCGAGUUCGCGUCUUCUUACGGCCAAGUAUGUCGUAAAUUUUCUCGAUGAGAACCCCGAGUUCAGCACACCCGAGAUGCUGUUACUCGCCCACUCCCGCAUUGUUGACGUUCUUUCCGAGGUCGUCUGGCUCGGACACAGCAUGCAACGCCGUCUAGAAGAGUCUCAGAAGCUAGGCGAGCUUGUCAGUUCUGCUGUGUGUGUCGCCGUCAGAGUCAAUGCUGGGAACCAAGCCAUUGAAUGGCUGGAUAUGGGUAGAACCCUCAUAUGGACGCAAACACUGUCGCUGCGUAGCCCUCUUCAUGAUCUCGAGCAUGCUCAUCCGGAUCUCGCUCGUGCUCUCAACGACGUGCACGUUCGACUGCAGAACACCGCUACCACGUCUUCCGAGAGCAUCGCUUUCGUACUCGCAGAUGCUUCUCAAGCAGCCCAAAGGUCAGACAUGGGCCUUCAGGCUCCGUCAGAUCGCCAUCGAGGGCUCGCGAUUAAACAGGGGAAACUUCUCGCUGAAGUCCGCGCUCUGCCUGGUUUCGAGAGCUUCAUGCGUCCGAAACAUCUCUCCGCUCUGCUGCCAUCCUCUACGUCUCUCGAUGGCCAUAUUGUCUUCAUCAAUGUAGAUCGCACUCAGUGCGACGCGUUGAUCAUUCUUGCCAACAGGAAGACUAUCACUAUCGCUUUGCCAGAACUUUCUCUGGCUAAGGCAGAGGCACUGCGCUCGCAAUGGCAAGCGUAUCUCAAGCAGCAGAAUGUUCGCGAGCGUGGCCUCUUAGCGCCAUGGCAGCAUCGAUCUAGAAGUACUAUUCCGUCGCACAACAUCUUGAAUCGUCUCUGGAGAUGGAUUGUGGGCCCUAUCCUGAAAGGACUCAAGCUAGACGUUAUCAAUGCAGACCGCGCCCGACCUCCCCACAUCAUUUGGUGCCCGACUGGACCGUUGACGCAGCUGCCACUGCACGCAGCGGGGAUCUACGACGAUGAUGCCGGGCCUCGCGUGUACAACUUUGUGGUCUCCUCGUAUACGCCGUCACUCUCCGCAUUGACGCGUAGCAUCGAUGCCCUCGCGCAGCAACACACAACGCCCGGGAUCCUCGUGGUGACGCAGCCCAACACACCGGGGUUAUCAUCACUCCCGGGUACGACGCUCGAAGGAGCUCGGCUGCGCGAGGUCUUCGCCGCCUCUCAGACACCUUCUACGGCUUUGAAUGGCGAAGAGGCGACGGUUGGGGCCGUGAGACUUGCUCUCCAGAAGCAUCCCUGGUUGCAUCUCGCAUGCCACGGCUGUCAAGAGGUUGACGAUCCCUUGAAGAGUGCGUUUGCGCUGCACGAGGGCCGGCUGACGCUAUCGGAUUUAAUGGUGACCACGGCCGAUAACGCUGAGCUCGCGUUCCUUUCUGCCUGCCAGACCGCUGUCGGCGACGAAAAGGUUCCCGAGGAAUCGAUGCACCUCGCAGCGGGCAUGCUCGCCGUGGGGUAUAAGGGUGUCGUUGCGACGAUGUGGUCGAUCAAGGAUGACGACGCGCCGUUGAUCGUCGAGGCGUACUACAAGGAGCUUCUCGCGCUGCGCGCAUCGGGAGCGCUCGGCGCAGGACAGACAGGCGCCGCGUACGCAUUGCACGAGGCGGCUAGGCGGUUGAGAGAAAAGGUUGGGGAGAAGAACGUCGUGCGGUGGGCGCCGUUCGUGCACUUCGGGAUAUGA